AUGGCGGAAACUUCAACCCUUUUCAGAUUCAGAUUCUCUUCUCCACCAUUCAAUUCCAUUUCUCCUUCAAAAUCUUUCACAUUCAAUACCAAUUCUUUCCCCCUCUCAUCAUCUCAACCUCGUCUUCUCCGUUUCACCCCCAAAGCAAACCAUUCCAAUAACAACAACUCCGAUGAAGAUCCUUUCGAGUUCUUUCCUUGGUCUGACUCCGACAGUGAAAUUCAAUGGGUUCCUCAGGACAGAUUUACAUUCUUCACUGCUGAUGGACUGGUCCAGAUCGGAGGCUCCAUGACUCCUCGUCGCACCAGGUCUUCUGAUAAGCAAGGGAAGUCCAAAACUGCUAAAAAAUAUCAACGGUAUCAAGAGAGUAACUAUAUGGACCCCAAUCAAGGCCUUUGCCUGGGUGCACUCUUUGAUAUUGCAGCUACAAAUGGACUUGAUAUGAGCAGAAGGCUCUGCAUUUUUGGUUUCUGCCGCUCUAUUGAAAUGCUUAGUGAUGUGGUGGAAGAUACUGUCUUGGAGCAUGGUGGGGAGGUGAUUGCUGCAGAGAAGGCAAGCAGAGGUGAUUUGCAUGAAAAGCUAACCAUGACCGUUGCGGUACCAUUGCUAUGGGGCGUUCCUCCAGCUUCCGAGACACUCCACCUAGCCGUUAAAAGUGGAGGAGGAAUUGUAGAUAAGGUCUAUUGGCAAUGGGACUUUCUGUAG